GUGCUGGAAAUCAUUUUCCCAUCUAUCCUUUCCUGUUGUCCGUUCCUUUCAUCCGUGAAAAUUUAUCGCCGGGGUUAAAGGGCAGAUUUUCAAAGGAUAGAUGAAUUUUUGAAUAAUACGUUUUCUUGUUUCAAUAACAAGCUGGAUAUGACGAUAGAAUUUCCUACAAUAUAUUUGACACUACAUUUCUUACAUGGUUAAAAUGUUUUAUUUCAUUAUGUAUAUUUUAUAUUUAUUAUUCGUUUUAUUAAAAAAUUUAUUUUUAUCGCUAGGGUGAAUCCGAAACCGAAAACAUUUGAUAGACGCACGCGAAGUAUAUUAUGUUUAUAGUGGAGAGAUCAUUUUGUUAUUAAUCGGAAUUCCUUUUUAACGUACGUGGCUCAUAGAUAUAACAGUAUAAGAAGAAAAUCGUUAGGAAUCAAUAAUCGAUUUCUGAAAGGAGAGAUUUGUCAAGUUUUCGAUAACUAGCCAUCAAUACUUACAUUUGAAUAGGACAAUUAUAUCCUUGCGUUAAAGUAUUAAAGUAUUUAGAGUAAGUAAGAGUAAAGAGUAAGUAAAGAAUAAAUAAGAGUGAAACCCGUUCACGAGCUCAGAUUCUUUUUUUUUUCUUAACGCUUCGCUUUAAUUCAAUUACUCACGCAUUACAUUCUGCACUAAUGAAAAUUUCCAUGCAAAUUCUCGCGAUGACUUGAGAAAAGAUUAACUCUGUCAUGCUUAGUGAUAACGUCAUACAUGUUGGUCCAUUAUUCCAUUUUAGCAUUAUAACUACCAUUCACGAGUGGAAAUUUAACCUUCCUUUUUUGUUCAUUUAAAUGCCAAUAAGUUGCACUCGACAAAGUUCGAUGCAAUAAGUGACGGAAAAAAAAAAAAAUUAUCGGAACGUCCAUAAUAAUUAUUAAGAAUUAUUUGCGUGCGACAGUCGGCGAGUAGUGACACAACGCGCGAUGGCACGCACGCUCUUUAGAAACGGCACGCUCUCGUUGCAGUUGCGCUAGUUACCUAAGACACUUGCAGCUGACUUUUGCACAACGUCCACUGCAUGCACUCCGCGCCCUGCAGUUGCAUCCCACCUUUGCGAAUUCGUAGAGCUUAAAAGUACUUCUGCGCCACGAGCGUUAUCAGGUGAUGCCGGAAGUGGGCAGCAAGGAGAGCGAAUAAUUGGUGGGAGAGAGAGAGGAAGCAAGGGUAAGGGAAGAAAGGCGAACAGGAUGCCGGACGUUCGGCGCGCGCAGCCGAGAACCACGGCCUACGAGGGUGAAGUUGCACCCUCGGAAGUGGAGGGCCAGUGCGUGCCAAGAAGCCGCCCUGUCAGUUUCUACGACAACUUUAAGGUGACCUCCGCAAUGCCGCCCUGUGUGGCCUCGGCCAUGAGCGUGGGGAACCUGAGUCAGGUGCGCGACAGUGUGGCCACUCCAACAAUACCACAGAACAACAACAGAGUCAGCAGUGCAGUCAGUGCGGGAAACGUUGCGAAGAUACACAGUCCCAAAAUGACGGGAGCUGUCUCGACCGGAAAUAUCGGUAAAACCUUCAGGCUUGAGAAGGAAAAAGAACGAGAACUGGGCAGAGCUCCCUCCAUGGCAAACUGUCUGUCAACUACGGUCCCGGUCAAUUUGGCAGCUUCGCAAAUCGCCGGGAGACACACCCCGACGAGAAAUUCCCUCAGGCACAGCAGAAUGAUCGUCAUGCACAGAACUGGUAAUCUUCCACGGAAGUCGCAGCCACCUUUGCUCCGACAUCGACGAUUAGCCAGAUCUUUGGCAGCUUUGCAGACAAUCCUCGGAGUGGCCAUUACUUCAUUAUCAUUGUGGUUACUUCUGUGGGCACCGAAUUUACCCGUGACCGAUAACCCCUACUGGAGUGGAAUGCCGCUCCUUCUAUCUGGUAGUUUCGGAAUCUGUCUAUUGUGCUGUUUCAAGAAGGAGUACCCAGGGAUGAGCCCAGGCUUCUGUUUGACGACGACCAAGGUAAUCAGCGUGUUCCUGGCGAGCCUCGCGAGUAUAGCCUGCUUCGUCGCUUGCAUCGCGUCCGCUCUGCACCUCGCAAGAUUAACAGGCUUGGAGUGCAUCCCAGCUCGAGUUUUGAAUGCAACUUGCGCCUGCAGGGUGAAAAACGAAACGAUGGAUUCCACCAGCGAACCCGUUCUCCGAUACGUCGAUCUCAAUUGUCCAGAAGUCGAGAGCAUCUUGACUAUUCUAUUGAUAUUCUCGGCCUCGUCGAAUGGUCUUGGAGCUAUCGUCGCUGGAUGGUAUUGUUAUCUUCAUUGGAGUACCAGGAACAAGAGGCCAAAGUACGUCCAAGUCAGGACCAAUCCUUCCUCCACCAACAAUUUCGUCAAUAGGCCCAUUUACAACCCCAAUUUAAAUGGCCGAUGACAGGAAAAUGGUACCCCUUGGGCCGACCGUCUUGAGUAGGGGAUGCAAUUCCAGCUUGGAGGCUUAAUGCGGUUCGUUGAUGCAGUUUUAAAAAUGAAGGGACUGGUUCGCAGCGGACAUUUUUGAAGGCAUCGACUUUAUGAAACUAUUCCGAAGUUGGGAGCAGAUUGACUUUCCAGAGGUUCCUGGCACCGUUCAAUGGUGUUGGAGCUAUCGUCGCUGGAUGGUAUUAUCUUCCAUUGGAGUACCAGGAACAAGAGGCCAAAGUACGUCCAAGUCAGGACCAAUCCUUCCUCCACCAACAAUUUCGUCAAUAGGCCCAUUUACAACCCCAAUUUAAAUGGCCGAUGACAGGAAAGUGGUACCCCUUGGGCCGACCGUCUUGAGUAGGGGAUGCAAUUCCAGCUUGGAGGCUUAAUGCGGUUUGUUGAUGCAGUUUUAAAAAUGAAGGGACUGGUUCGCAGCGGACAUUCUUGAAGGCAUCGACUUUAUGAAACUAUUCCGAAGUUGGGAGCAGAUUGACUUUCCUGAGGUUCCUGGCAUCGUUCAAUGGUGUUGGAGCUAUCGUCGCUGGAUGCUAUA